AUGUUCGGAAAGUCGAAGGGUGCUUCCAACAAGAGCAAGGGCAUCAGCCCCGAGCUUGAAGCUGUCCUGCCUAAGGAUGGCCUCCCAUGGUACAAGAAGUCACAUCUGAGAUGGCUCAACUACUACUGCGUCUUCUUGGGCCUUUUGUGCGCCGCGAACGGAUACGAUGGAUCGAUGAUGAACGGGUUGUUGGCUCUGCCUCAAUGGAUGAAUUUCAUGGACCAACCGAAAGGCGCCUGGCUGGGUUUCAUCAACGCCGUUCAGUCCUUGUCGACUAUGCUUGCUUACCCUGCGGUCGCCUAUUUCGCCAAUCGAUGGGGCCGUAAGAAAGGCCUGUUCGUGGGAUAUGCCUUCUUGGUCCUCGGCUCUAUGCUGCAGGCUUUCACUCCCAACAAGACGGGCUUCAUUCUCGGACGGCUGUUCAUCGGUCAACCUAGUGGUUGGUGGGGUGGUCUUGCACCUGUUCUCAUCACUGAGCUGGCGUAUCCAACCCACCGUGGAAUCCUUACAGCGCUUUACAACUGUGGUUGGUUCGUCGGUAGCUCGUUCGCUGCUUGGGUAACAUACGGCACCCGAAACUACGACAGCACAUGGGCUUGGCGCAUUCCCUCCCUUCUUCAAAUCGCCGUUCCGAUCGUCGUUCUCCCAGCCGCCAUUUUGGUCCCCGAAUCGCCCCGCUUCUUGGUCUCAAAGGGUCGGAUUGCGGAAGCGCGCAGGAUCCUUGUCAAGCUCCACGGCGGUGGCGACGAACAUUCCUUGCUGGUCGACUUCGAGAUGGCUGAGAUCGAGCGGGCGAUCGAAGACGACAAGGCUGCGGGCGAGACUUCUUCUUGGAUGGAGAUGUUCAAAACCCCUGGAAACAGGCAUAGAGCCUUUAUUUCAAUUACGCUUGGUCUGCUGGCUCAAUGGGGCGGAAACAACUUGGUCAGCUACUACCUCGCAGACGUCCUCAAAGCAGUCGGAAUCACGUCGAUUACGGACCAAACCAUCAUCAACGGCUGCUUGCAGAGUUGGAACCUGGUCAUGGCAGUCUCGGCUGCCAUGUCCGUCGAUAGAGUCGGCCGUCGCUUCUUGUUCCUCACCAGUGUUCUGGGUAUGCUCACCAGUUAUAUCAUUCUUUCGGGUUUGAAUGGUGGCUUCGCCACAACAGGAAAAGCAUCGGUCGGCCUUGCGGUGGUUCCCUUCCUGUACAUCUACUACAGCUUUUACGACAUUGCAUUUACACCCCUUAUUGUAUCAUACCCCGCCGAGAUCUGGCCGUACCAGCUGCGUGCCCGCGGCACCGCCUUGACGCAAAUGUCUACGUAUUUCGGAAUUUUCUUCAAUGUUUUCGUCAAUCCAAUCGCCUUCGACGCAAUGGGUUGGAAAUAUUACCUUGUGUUCGUCGUCAUUCUGAUCAUCGGAACGGUGAUCAUUUACUUCUUCUACCCCGAGACUAGGGGUCACACGCUGGAGGAAAUGGCUGUCAUUUUCGACGGAGAGUCAGCAAGGGUUACUGAUACCUUUGUAUCCGGAGACGACAAGAGAGCCGGAGUUACGCAACAUCACGAGAGCGCAUGA